AAGUAAUCAGAGUCCAGGCGGCAGCACAGCAGCUUCCUUUCCUCCGGCGAUGGCGAAGAAUCCCAAAGAUGCCGCUCCGGAGGAGGAGAUGCCCGCCGCGGCCGAGGAACAGGCAGCGCCUGCCGCGACGGUGAAGGUGCUCUUCUUCGCCCGCGCGCGGGACCUAACGGGCGUGGCGGAUUCCGCGGUGGAGGUGCCGCCGGGGAGCACCGCGGGGGAGUGCCUCGCGCGGGUCCUAGCCCAGUUCCCCAAGCUGGAGGAGAUCCGGGGCUCCGUCGUGCUCGCGCUCAACGAGGAGUACGCGGCCGACUCGGCCGCGGUCGCCGACGGCGACGAGCUCGCUGUCAUACCGCCCAUCAGUGGCGGCUGACGUUAUUAACCACGGCCGACUUGUGUGGAGGUUACCAAGCCAACUCUAAAGGUAGCCAUCUUCAAAAGUGCAACGGUGGAGUUUGAGAAUCCAUCACAGAGCCGACGUGACACAUAUAUGUGUUGCGGAAACGUGGUGCUCUCUGGUCCUCGGACGUGGAAAUGACAAGCCAACGAUAGAGUGUUGAAUGAUGUGGCUAAAUCGUAUUUCCAUUUUUUGCAAAUCUAGGUAAUAAUUAGCUGACUAAAAAUCAUUAAUAGAAUUAACUGGUGUUGACGU